GAGCGCCGGAGCGAGGCGGGCCGAGCGCCAUGCGCCGCGCCAGCCGAGACUACACCAAGUACCUGCGCGCCUCCGAGGAGAUGGGCAGCGGCGGCUCCGGCGCCCCGCACGAGGGCGCCCUGCACGCCCCGCCGCCGCCGCCCGCGCAGCCCGCCCCGCACCAUUCCGCCGCCGCCUCCCGCUCCACGUUCGUGGCCCUGCUGGGGCUGGGGCUGGGCCAGGUCGCGUGCAGCGUCGCCCUGUUCCUUUACUUCCGAGCGCAGAUGGAUCCUAAUAGAAUAUCAGAAGAUGACACUCACUGCAUUAAUAGAAUUUUCAAACUCCACGAAAACACGGAUUUGCAAGACACAACUCUGGAGAGUCAAGACUCAAAAUUAGUACCUGAUUCGUGUAAGAGAAUUAAACAGGCCUUUCAAGCAGCUGUGCAAAAGGAAAUGCAACAUAUUGUUAAAUCACAACACAUCAGAGCAGAAAAAGCCAUGGUGGAAGGUUCAUGGUUAGAUCUGGCCAGAAGGAACAAGCCUGAGACUCAGCCCUUUGCCCAUCUCACGAUUAAUGCCAUUGACAUCCCAUCAGGUUCCCAUAAAGUGAGUCUGUCCUGCUGGUACCAUGACCGAGGUUGGGCCAAGAUCUCCAACAUGACUUUCAGCAACGGAAAACUAAUAGUUAACCAAGAUGGCUUUUAUUACCUGUAUGCCAACAUCUGCUUUCGACAUCAUGAAACUUCGGGAAACCUCACUGCGAAUUAUCUUCAGCUAAUGGUGUACGUCACCAAGACCAGCAUCAAAAUCCCGAGUUCUCAUACCCUCAUGAAAGGAGGAAGCACCAAAUACUGGUCGGGGAAUUCUGAAUUCCAUUUCUACUCCAUAAACGUUGGGGGAUUUUUUAAGCUACGGUCUGGUGAGGAAAUAAGCAUUGAGGUAUCCAACCCUUCACUACUGGAUCCAGAUCAAGAUGCAACGUACUUUGGGGCUUUUAAAGUUCGAGAUAUAGAUUGAGCCCCAUUUGAUGAAGCGUUUUCACGUGUUUCCUAGGAUGUAUAGAAAACUUUAAAAACAAGCCAAGAAAGAUAUAUGUAGGUGUGUGAGACUACUAAGAGCUAUGACCCACAGGGUACGAGAAGACCCAUGCCUUUGACUCUGUAGGGAGCGAAUGUAUUUACAGCCAAUGGGAGAUGUUGGACUCAAGGUGUGUUACGAUCUAAGGGUUUUCUUACACAGUGGUUUUUAAAUUUUGUAAUGAAUUCCUAGAAUUAAAGCAGAUUGGAGCAAUUAUGGUUGCCUUUUUGAAAAACUGCCUUUGGGCUAUGGGAGGGGUUAAUUCUCUGUCUCUAAUCCGUGGUUAGGUGCCACGAUGCAGCUGAAGUGGAAAGGGGGUCAUUUAAUUGCAAACUGAUGACCAUCUGAAGGGUUAAAUUCUUUUGAAUUGUUACAUCAUGCUGGAACCUGCAAAUAAAUACUUUUUUCUAAUGAGGAGAAAAAAAUAUAUGUAUUUUUAUAUAAUAUCUAAAGUUAUAUUUCAGAUGUAAUGUUUUCUGUGCAAAGUAUUGUAAAUUAUAUUUGUGCUAUAGUAUUUGAUUCAAAAUAUUUAAAAAUGUCUUGCUGUUGACAUAUUUAAUGUUUUAAAUGUACAGACGUAUUUAACUGGUGCACUUUGUAAAUCCCCUGGGGAAAACUUGCAGCUAAGGGGAAAAAUGUUGUUUGCUAAUAUCAACUGUAUGAUACUUCUUCAUUCUUUUUAACUUAAUAGAUUUUUCAGAUUUCUCAAGUCUAUUUCCAAAAAAUUAAAAUGGAUGCCUUGAAUAAUAAGCAGAAUGUUGGCCACCAGGUACCUUUCAAAUUUAGAAGCUAAUUGACUUUAGAAAGCUGACAUUGCCAAAAAGGAUACAUAAUGGGCUACUGGGAUCUGUCAACAGUAUUUAUAUAAUUAUUGAACAGGUGUUUUUUUCUACAGGUGCUGCAAAUUGUAAAUUUUUUUCAUGGAAAAGUUAUCAGUGGCUUAUAGCAAAAAAAAAAUUCCAUUUUUAAUUUAGUGGAAGUUAUUUUAUACUAUACAAUAAAAACAUUGCCUUAGAAUGUUAUUUUUUUUUUUUGGUAUGAAA